UCUGCAAAAUUUACCAAUAGCUGAGAAAUAGGCUGAAAUUUGUGUUGAUAGAUGAGAAAUCUCCAAGAAUUUAACUGAUAACUGGGAUUCCAGUAUCUAGACCUUCGAGGAGCUUCGUGUUUCUCGUUGCCGUUGUGAUGCCCUGAUAUGUCUCUUGUUGCACUUUGAUAGAGCCUCUGGGCUACGAUGUGAUCUUUCCAAGCAAAGAUAACUUCAGCUAUCUGGAUCAGAACUUACCGCCAUCAAUCGACUUACGAGAGUUCACUCUAUGCUUCUGGAUGAAGACCGCUGACCACGAACAUGGCACUAUAUUCAGUUACGCUCUGCCCCAAACCUUAAACCAACUCCUCAUUAAAAAGGAUUCUUUUUUCGUCAAUGAUUGUUAUGAAAACACCUCGCUUGGAGUUUAUUAUGAUGGACUAUGGCACCCCGUUUGCAUUGUUUGGGGGAACAAGAAUGGAGUUUGGAAGUUGUUCGCUGAUGAUGUGAUCAUUGAUUCUGGAAUUAAUUUCCAGACAGGCCACGUGAUCAAGGGGGGAGGAGUGGUAAUCAUUGGCCAACAUCAAGACUUAUUCUCAGAAGGAGACCAGAGUGGAUUUCAAUAUUCACAAGGUUUUGUGGGAAGGAUCAGUGGAAUGAAUUUAUGGGACUUCAUUGUGCCUCAGAAAAAGAUACUGCGCAUGUCCCAAACGUGUGGCGUGGAAAUUGGUAAUGUUCUCCAGUGGCUGGAUUUUGAGACCAAGUAUCAUGGUGACGUCAUACUGGAGAAUCCUUCCUCGUGCCAGAUCCCCAGUGCAAAACAAGGAACUAAAAAAACUAAAUCCAACCAUUAGUAUCAGAUCAUAGAUGUUAUCCAAAUUGAUUUUUAACAUCUUAACUCCACGCUAGAAUAAUUAUCCAUUUUAAUUGUGGUUCUGUGCUUGUUUAUUACCAGCCUGCUUCUCAAUUGCAUUGUUAUUUUUAAAAUAAGAUUUUGAUGGUACGCUAACCAAAUCUUGUUUCAAUUAAAUAGUAACAGUGGAUUGAAGAGAACUCUUAUUUUUUUGGAGUUGAGGUAGUUAUCCAUGCCUUGUUAUAUUUGUUUGUUAAAAUAUUGGACCAUAUGUUCAUCUACUUGUCCGUAGACAUGUCCACUUACCAAUUUGUCUACUUCUCUCCGUGUUUGCCUUUUAAAAAUGUUUAAUUGUAAAUAUUUUUUGUUUCUUUCUUUAAUAUAUAACUGAGAAAAUUACUUCACUGUGAUUGGCUGAGAGCAGGUCAACUGAUCGUGUUAAUCAGUUAAUUUGCACUGCAGUGCAAAUUAGCGCGCACCAUGCACGCGAUCGCAAUUUUCUUCGUCGGCAGCCGUUCGUCUCGGGAGACGAUGGUGUAGCGCUAUGUCGAUGCGGAGCAUCGUCUCGAGUGGCUAUAGAGUCCCACUCUGGAGU